AUGGCGGCCGCAGCGUCUACUCUGUCGGAACAGCUCAAGUCUCUGGACCUUGGAACGCCAUUACCCAAACUCCCAAACUGCUAUCCAGAAGUCAACCCGCUCGAUAUCUACCGAGCGCAUCUCACUUCCAUCUUGACAGAGGUGACGGGCGUGGAUGCCUCGAUCGUGUACCCGGCUCUGCAAUGGACACAGACGCUGGAGAAGGGCGAUUUGGUUCUGCCAGUACCAGCAUUGCGAGUCAAGGGCAAGAAACCUCAGGAGCUUGCUGAAGAAUGGGUUGCAAAGUUCCCAGAAUCACCUCUUGUCCACAAGCCAACAACCUUCGGCACCUUCAUUCAAUUCUUCUUCAAAGUCGAUAAGCUUGCACAGAUAGUCAUACCUGCAAUCAUAAAGAAUCCGAAGACCUUUGGCUUGAAUCCAUUCAAUGGCUUGAAAGACCCGGAGGACCCAUCCAAAGGAAAGAAGAAAAUUAUCGUCGAAUUUUCCUCCCCCAAUAUUGCGAAACCAUUCCAUGCUGGGCAUCUUCGCAGUACGAUCAUUGGUGGUUUCUUGUCAAAUCUGUACCAAGGUGCUGGCUGGGAUGUUGUCCGUGUGAACUACCUGGGAGACUGGGGCAAGCAAUACGGCUUACUGGCUGUGGCAUACAAGAAAUACGGCGACGAGGCGGCUCUAGAGGCCGACCCAAUCAACCACCUCUUCAAUAUCUACGUGCAAAUAAACAAAGACAAGAGCGACGAGGCAGAAAAGAUCAAGGAGAUGGAUGAGGCAGGUCAGGAUACCACAGAGCUCAAGACCAACACAAUAGACGAACAAGCCCGUCGCUACUUCAAGGCUAUGACGGAGAACGAUGAGGAGGCGAUCAAGCUAUGGAAGCAUUUCCGGGAGCUGAGCAUCAAGCGAUAUAUGCAGACUUAUGCUCGUCUGAACAUCCAUUUCGAUGAUUACUCUGGCGAGAGUCAGGUUAAGCAAGAGAUGAUGGACUUCGCUGCCAAAAAGAUGGAGGAGAUGGGCGUUUCAGAGGUAUCCGAAGGAGCCGUUAUUGUCGAUUUCAGCAAACUCAUUCCCGGAAAGCCAGGCAAGAGUCUCGAGCGCCCGAUUAUCAAGAAGAAGGACGGAACCGCUCUAUACCUCACUCGAGAUAUCAGCGAGAUGAUACAGCGUGACGAAAAAUACAAAUUUGACCACAUGAUCUACGUUGUAGCUACGCAACAAGAUUUACAUUUGAAGCAAUUGUUCAAGAUUAUCGAAUUGAUGGGCUACAAAGAGCUCGCAGCCAAGGUACAGCACGUCAACUUCGGCAUGAUUCUGGGAAUGAGUACACGAAAAGGGACUGUGAAGUUCCUGGACGAUAUCCUUCGCGAUGUAGGCGAGAAGAUGCACGAGGUUAUGCAAAAGAACCAGGCCAAGUACGAGCAAGUUGAAAAACCUCUCGAGACAGCCGAUGUCCUCGGAAUUAGCGCAGUCAUGGUCCAGGAUUUGAAGGGAAAGCGAAUCAACAACUACACCUUUGACAUCGAUGUCAUGACCGCCUUUGAAGGUGACACCGGUCCCUACCUCCAAUACGCACACGCGCGUCUGUGCUCCAUUACCCGAAAAGCCGCGCUUAGCGAAUCCGAGAUUGCUUCCGCAGACCUCUCCCUCCUUACUGAGCAGCACGCGCUUGACCUCAUCCGUGUCAUCUCACAAUACCCGGAUGUUGUGCAAAACACGCUCAAGACUCUCGAACCGACGACUAUCCUAGUGUACUUGUUCAAGCUGACGCACACGCUGAGCUCGAGCUACGAUCACUUGCGCAUUGUGGGGAGCGAAAAGGAGCUGAUGAAGGCUCGAAUGGCACUGUAUGAUUCGGCGAGAACUGUGCUGAAUAACGGGAUGCGUCUGUUAGGGUUGACGCCUGUUGAGCGGAUGUAA